AUGUCAACAUUUGGAGGAAUUGAAAAGGAAUUGGAAGAGGCGAAAAAGAGAUUGGAAAAGGUUGAGAAAAGAAGAAUAAGAGCAGCAACUUUAAUAGCAUGCAUACGAACCAAAUCCUUAGCAUUAUUAGAAACUGUUGACUAA